CCCUACGGCUGGCCCUUGCGUCCUACAGGCAAGUUCCGUGUUCGCAUGCGCACUCUACAUCCUUCACGACACAGUAUUGCGCAUGCGUGACGUUAGAGGCCGUCUCUUGUUAAACAAGCGGCGAUACUCUAGCUGGGUCGGUUGCUGAAUGGUCCUUGAAGGUAGUGCAACAAUAACACCAUAGCUCCCGGCGAAUGAGUGCCUUCAUGUUUACUACAGGGCCCGCUGCCUAGGAAACGGGUCGCGCGGGAGAAAGUGGCUCAAAACAAGUCUUGUCGUCAACCUCUGAGUCUGAAAAAUCAUGAACUCCCGUGGCGACCGGCCGGCGUCUCUGUCUCGGACAUCUGUCAAGGUUGGAAGGUCCUUGUCCAAGAACCCUGCAGGCAGCCACCUCUUUCCGGAUUCAGUAUGUCAAGAUAAUUCAUUGUUCAGGGGAGAUGAGCAGAACGCUGAAAUUCAAACUCCAUUUAUGAACAGGAAUGAACAAAAGAAGCUGCUGGAAGAAAAUAUAAUAUUAAAGCAUGAAUUAGAAGAUUUAAGAAGCCAAUAUGAACAGCUUAUAGAAGAAGGGAAGAAUGAAUGUUUUGAUGAAAGACGUGUCAGUCUUUUGAAGGCUCAAGUACUACAGUUGGAAAGACAGGUGUUGCUGCUUACAGAAGGAUUAAGUUCUCGAGCUGCUCUUUUGCUGGAGUUCAACGCUUCUUUAGAAGCUUUUACUGACAAGCUUAGCUCUUAUCUCAGCACUGAGGAAUCUGCCUUGGAAGUAUCCAUUCAACACGCAGAAUUUCUACAAAUAAUUGAAAUAUGUCAUGCAAUGAAACAAAAACUGCACAGAAACCAGCAAACGUCUGAUUUAUCAAAACUCGCAUUGCCUUGGACUCUGGGAGGAAAUGUCAUUACACAGCCAAUGACUCUCUUGGAUCUUUGCUAUGGCAAGACAGAAAAUUUAAAUCUUAGAUAUGUGAGUGCUCUUGAAGGAAAACUCUGCAAGCUGGGGAGACACCUGCUUGCCAUGAGCCAAACUCUGAGUCUCAUGCUUGCCCCAGGACAGGGGUCUUCUGAGACAGCUCAUCACAUCCUACCAACUGCUGUUUAUGCUAGGCUGAUAAAUCAGGCAGCUCAGUGUCAUCGGUCUGUGACAGAAUGUUGCAGUGAUUUGCUCACUUUGACACUGCUGGUACCUUCAGCACCUUGGGAAAUAUUGGAGUGCUCUUUGAACCAGGAGUUUACUGUAGAGAAUGUGCUUGCAACACUUCCAGCCUUCCCUAAGGGUGGCCCUCAGCAACGGGCCAAAAGGGCAGCAGAAGCUCUGGUGAAGGCUCAGAAUUAUUCCAGGCAAAUGGCAAUGCAACAGAUGCAAGCUUUGCAAGCUGAACUUAGUUUCCAUAGAAAUUUAUAUAACCUGCAAGUUAAGUACACUGAUACUCUCUUCAGUGGGAUAAAGCAAGCCUACCACAGGUUUCAAGAUAAUGUUGCAAUGGUUCUCUGUUCACCACUACAAGAUAUUUUUCCUUCUUAUGUAAAACUCAAAACUGAAGCUUCAGAGGCUGCUUUGAGGGAAUUUCUAACUGCUUUUAGAAAUAAUGCCGAACAGAUCCAGUAUGCAGUUGAAACUUUGACUUCGAAGAAUCAGCAGCAUAAAGGUGAAGAGGCCUUGUCAAGAUUUGGAAAAGAGUUCUUCCUAUCUUUGGAACAUUCACUAAAAGCAUGUGGGGAUCAACGAGAUAAAGCAGCCAGAGAAAUGGAAACUUUACAAACUGAACUGAAUCAGGCCUUAGAAACCCUGCGAAAUUUAAAGGGAAAAAAGGGAAUGAAAGUAGGGCCUAGUCAUCAUUUUCCAAAACAUGAAGAGGAUAAGAUGGAAGAAAUAAAAGCCAGUAACUUGGAUGUACUUUCAAAAAAGAAGUAUGAACUCAAUUCACCAUCUAGCUUUCCUCCUCAUAGACAGAACUGUUCACCAAAUCCUGCUACUGCUGAAGAAAAAGAAUUGAACAGGUCAUCCUCCAAGCUGAAACUGGAAAGUUAUGGUGUUCAGCAGAAAAAGAAACUCCUUUGCAGGAGCAAGAGCAUGAAAAUCACUGCAAGGCCACCUUGGCAAGAUUAAACAUAGCUCUUUCCUAAGAACUUAGCAUUACUAUAACUUCUACAGUAAGCCAGGGAGCAAUCCAGUACAUUUCUGAACAGCUGGUGCCUCAUGGAGAUGCAUGUUCAACCGAGUGUCAUUUCUGAACCUUAAAUGGGUUCUUGGAGCCACUUCAAAUGUGUAGAACUUUUGUUGUUGUUUAGGAAACAAAAUAUUUGGAAAACAGAAGCAACUUUCAUGCUACCUUUGAUAAGCCAUGGGAGGAAGCUUAAACACCACAGUCAUUUUUUGAACAACAACAAAAAUAUAAUACUAGCACUAUAAUAUAUCUGUCUCAAUUAGAAAGUACACAAACAUAAAACAUUAAAGACCCUUCUCAAGUUUUGCCAUAUACAUGGCUACUCUCUAGCACAACUCGAACAUUAGUUGUACAAUUCUUAGCAAUGGAUCAGUUAUGGUUUUUUUUAAGGAUAACAUGAGAAACAUUCAAUAUAGUACUCAAUCACGAAUAAGAGUUCGAUUAGUCCUAAAAAAGUGCAUGCUGCAUAACAGGUUGGAAAACAUUUAAAGAUUCAAAUCACUAUACAUCUGACCACUUCCGCAGUUCUUCCCCUGUGGUUGAAACACAUAGCAGUUCAGUGUCUGUUAGUUUCUCAUCCAUCCAUCAUUGAAUGGAGAGUUGCUGUGGCAGACCUAUAAGUCUGUUUGGUGCCCAGGUGCCAGUAUAGGAUGUGCCUUCUCUCUCUCUUUUUUAGCUUCCUUGUUUAGUAUUGAGCUAAGACCACUGGAGUUGAUAACUUGAAUGUACCUGAAAAGAAAUAUAGCAGUAAAGCAACUUUGAAUCUCUUUCUUCCUUCUUCUCCAGAAGGAAGUGUGUUUAUUUCCCAGACAAAUACUUGUGGCAGAAAACAGUUCUUGCAACAGGUUUGUCAUGUGUGUAAUUCCCCCCAAAUAGAUACAGUUCUCCUUAAAUGGCCAUGGCUAUCUGAAAAAUGUAUGAUUGUUUUGUUUCCCCUUGGCUUGCUACCACUGAAAGAAAUACUCUGGGCACUUUGCUUAUGAGACUCAUAAAACACCAGCCCGUGCAGAAUGACACAGUGAGGAACCAGAAUGACAUUCAAAAUGUUUACUAGUUGUAAGUGCUUUGUGAAGAGCCUUCAUUUUUCUUGUUGCCCUUAGUGUUUCUUUUUGCCUUUAAUACACUGGGGAAAAAAUUAAAGGUGACUUUUAACUCAAUAUAUGUUUUUCCUAGUUAAUUAAUGAAACAGACUGCAGCUUUUAUUCUUGUGUUUAUUAUUUGUUCCCACAUGAAGUGGAAGGAUUUUUCCAAGUCUUUAUUAUAGAUGCAUAUAAAUAUGCAAGAACCUCAUCAUGCUUAUGUUAAUAUUUACUAUCUUUCAUAGCAUGUUAAAAAGCAAGAAGUGGCUAAGUAGACCACAGGAAAGCAGCUACAACAGAAGGGGUGGAGAGAAGAGAAAGUGGCAGCAGUUGUGCGAGCUUGUGGGGAAAGGAGAAAAUGACAGGAGAAUUGGGAGCAGGUAGUGAGAAAGUUGUUGCAGUGACGAGAGGAAAAAAAGAAGAGAAGAAACAAGGACUGGGAGAGGGAGGAUGCGAUUUCUUAGGACUUAUUUACACAAUAUUAUUUUAACCUGUUUCCGGGCUUAUGAUUCAUAUAGGUUCAUUUGUCAGUAAACAUCAGCAAUAGAGCCAGUUUGGUGUAGUGGUUAAGUGCGCGGACUCUAUCCUGGGAGAACCGGGUUUGAUUCCCCACUCUUCCACAUACAUCUGCUGAGUGACUUUGGGUCAAUCACAGUCCUUGAAAGAGGUUUCUCAGCCCCACCUACCUUACAGGGUGUCUGUUGUGAAGGGGGGAAGGAAAAGGAGAUUGUAAGCCACUUUCAGAGUGAAGGGUGGGGUAUAAAUUAAAUCUCCUCCUCCACCACCACCUCCUCUUCCUCCUCCUCCUCUUCCUAGUUGAACACACUCUUGCUGGUUAACUUUGGUAACCCGCUGCAUAAUAUUUGGAGGGAUAGUGGUUAAAGAUUCAAAUCCAGUAAUCUAUCUGGAGUAGUGAUUUGUGCAGUGUAAAGCUGAGGAAAUAAAGCUAAUUGCCUGAAAUAUCUGUUGAGCAAUUAUUUAUCCCAGCUAUCAAAGAAAUAAAGGGGGGAAGUAUAUGAAAGAAAUUAUAUGGAAAAUAAUGCAAUAAGAUUUCUGGAUUGUACAGAUUUCGAUUUGCUUGGAUGGUGUGAGUGAUUAUGGACAUUUUAAAUUCCAGAUUUAGCUGCUUUACUGCUUCUGUAGUGUUCAGCUCUUCAGAGGAUCAAGAGUUCAUAGAAAAACAUUGAUGUUUGUUUCAUUUUUAAUCCAAAAGAAUGAUAAAUAAAAGUUGGAUGAGGAAGGA